UCGAUCGAACCGUCUCGCUCUCAGGAGUAACCGGGCAUUUAGCAGCAGCAGCAGCUAGGCCAUCAUCUCUCUCAUUCGGUCGAGUAAGCCAUGGAUACAGGCAAGAAGGCCUAUGUGGUUGCCAUCAUCAUACAGCUGAUCUACACCGGCAUGUACGUCGUCUCCAAGGCGGCAUUCAACCAUGGGAUGAGCACCUUCGUCUUCAUCUUCUACCGCCAGGCAGCGGCCACUGUUCUAUUGCUGCCCCUCGCCAUUGUUCUCGAAAGGAGGAAUGCACCACCCAUGUCAUUCUGGUUGUUCCUGAAGCUGUUCUUCUAUGCAUUGCUAGGGAACACAUUGAGUAUGAACCUGUACAACAUAAGCCUCAAGUACACCUCUGCAACCGUGGCAUCGGCAACAAGCAACUCUGUUCCUGUGGUCACCUUCUUCCUGGCAGUCCUGUUGAGACUGGAAGUGGUGAGGCUGAGAAGCCCGUCGGGCAUGGCCAAGGCCGCCGGGGUGGCGCUGUGCCUGGCCGGUGUGCUGACCAUCGCCCUGUACACGGGCCCGUCCAUGAGCCCGGUGAACCACCACCGCGCCUUCGCCGGCGCGGCCGAGCAUCACGAGGCGAGCGGCGGCGGCGGCAGCAAGGGGAGGUGGAUCAAGGGCACGUUCCUGAUGCUGCUGUCCAACACGACGUGGUCCCUCUGGAUCGUCCUGCAGGCCUCCCUGCUAAAGGAGUACCCCAACAAGCUGCUGUCGACGCUGGUGCAGUGCCUGCUCAGCACCGCCCAGUCCUUCCUGCUCGCCGUCGCCGUCGAGAGGGACCCCGCCGCCUGGAAGCUCCGGCUCGACGUCGGCCUCCUCGCCGUCGGAUACUCCGGCUUCGUGGUGACGGGCGUGUCGUUCUACUUGCAGGCGUGGUGCAUCGAGAAGCGGGGGCCGGUGUUCCUGGCCAUGUCCAACCCGCUGGGCCUCCUGCUCACCAUCUUCUGCUCCUCCUUCUUCCUCGGCGAGAUCGUCCGCCUCGGCAGCCUCCUCGGCAGCGCGCUCCUCGUCGCGGGGCUCUACAGCGUCCUCUGGGGCAAGAGCAAGGACCACCUGCACCACCAACACCAGCCGCCGCCGCCGCAGCAGCAGCAGCCUAGUCUAGAGGCGCCGAAGCACCGCAGCACCGGUAGCAUCUGCAGCGACGGCGACGGCGACGACGACGACGAGGAGAAGCAAGAGGUCAAAGUAGAGCAGCGCAAAGGUGAGGUGGAGGAGACGCAGCUUAAGGACUUGUUCGCCAUGGAGGCAUCGCCGCUACGUCAUCAGGUCGGAUGAGAAAUUCCGUCUCAGAGACACAGACAUGUAUGUAUACCGUAUACGCUUAUGUAUAAUACGGGGACUAUGUACGUGCUCCUGUAUUUCCAAUGCAUUGGUGUACCUUCUUUUUUUGUUCUGGACUUUUCUGGUCCAGUGAGCCGCGUGCAAAGUAAUGUGGCUGUAUUGGGCCAAAA